CCCCCCCAGGAGUGUGUGCUCCUUCCUCGGUGCAAGCACUGUCAGGCAUCAGGAAAAGUAAAGGCUUGUGCUCCUCCAGUUCCAACAACUCAUCUCUCAGACAGAGACACGACAAGACUCUCGGCCGCAUAGCACUUGUUGUUUCCCCCGGUUGCUUCUUCGCUGCUCCACUCAGACAUCGUUGCCUAGAGUGGUGUCUCUCUAACCACUUCAUUCGUACAACACAUCAACAAUGAAGAGCAUAAAUCCCCUCUGGCUGCUUGCAGCUUCACUUGUCCGUGCUACCUUCUGGAUGGAGGAUCUGUCCCACCAGGGAAUUGCCUCCUUCAACCCCGACAGAGGAUACCAAGUUUUUCGAAAUGUUCGUGACUUUGGUGCCAAAGGUGAUGGAGUUACCGACGAUACUGCUGCCAUUAAUGCCGCCAUGAGUCACGGCAAUCGCUGCGGUGGCUAUGGCUGCAUUGGAGCGACCAUCAACCCGGCCAUUGUUUACUUUCCGCCCGGAACCUACCUGAUCUCCAGCCCAAUCGUCGGCCUCUUCUACACUCAGAUGAUUGGCGACCCCACUGAUAUGCCCGUCAUAAAGGGCGGUUCCAACUUCACUCAGGAUGGGAAGGCCUUGCUUGAUGCCGAUCCAUAUCUGAGCAAUGGCAAGCUCAAUUUCAUCUCUACCAACGUCUUCUUCCGACAGGUCCGCAACCUGGUGUUCGAUACCACAGCCAUACCGCACCAGACCUGGGCAGUCCAUUGGCCGUCUGCCCAGGCUACUGUCAUUCACAACUGUGUCUUCAUAUUGUCACCAAACUUUGAGGACGGACAUACGGGAAUUUAUAUGGAAGAGGGCAGCGGCGGCAUGUUGACUGAUCUUGUCUUUUAUGGCGGACAGUACGGAGCCCAGUUUGGUAGCCAACAGUAUACCGUACGCAACCUCACUUUUCACGGCUCGCAAACUGCCAUCCUGCAAGUUUGGAACUGGGGAUUUACGUACAAGUCUCUCAGCAUCAAUGACUGCGAGAUUGGCCUCAACAUGUCCUCUCCCGACGUAGGCUCCGUCACACUGCUGGACAGCUCGUUUACCAAUGUCGAUACUGCCAUCAUUGUGGGCAGACACAAUAGCAGCGCUACUGGUCUUGGGUCACUGUUGAUUCAAAAUGUCAAGUACACCAACGUUCCCACGGUUAUGAAGGAUCUGGACGGAAACCAAGUUCUCGCCGGCAAUGCUUCAGGAGCCCUCUUUGAGUGUGGCUAUGCCAAGGGAAGCCUUUACGCUCCCGAAGGGCCAUCUGCGUUUGAGGGACGUGAUAUUGCCUUUGACCAGCCUUCCGCCCUAAAACUCGGUGAUCAGUACUACGAGAGGUCGAAGCCUCAAUAUGAGGGCUACCCUGCCGGUGCAUUCGUGUCGGCCCGCAACAUCUCCGCUGUUGGAGACGGUGUGACUGAUGACACAGUGGCUUUGAACUCGUUCUUUGACGUUGCGACCGAGCCGACAGUGGUUGGGUUUCUGGAUGCGGGGUUUUACCGGGUGACUGACACCGUGUAUAUCCCAGCAGGUGCUCGAGUUGUCGGUGAGGGUCUUGCUGCCGUCAUCAUGGGCGCAGGCAAAAAGUUUUCCGACGUCACCAAUCCCCGUCCAGUGGUUCAGAUCGGAAAGCCUGGUGAGCUUGGCUACGUCGAAAUCAGCGAUAUCAUUGUCUCGACACAAGGCCCAACAGCAGGCGCUAUUGCCAUCGAGUACAACUUGAACACCCCAAUACUGGACGGGAAUAUCACCGUCGAUACACCUCCAUCGGGACUUUGGGAUGUCCAUGUUCGCAUUGGCGGUUUCGGAGGCUCCAAGCUCCAGGUGGCAGAAUGCCCCAUCACUCCCAACAUCACCAAUGUCGUCGAGCCUGCCUGCAUUGCUGGGUACAUGAGCAUGCACAUCACGCCGAGUGCUGGCAAUCUGUACAUGGAAAAUAACUGGAUGUGGGUUGCUGAUCACGAUAUGGAGGACUGGAACCAGACUCGGAUCGAUGUCUUUGCUGGCCGAGGCCUCUUGAUCGAAGGGUCCAAUAUCUGGAUGCUGGGCAAUGCAGUUGAGCACCACACUCUUUACCAGUAUCAGCUGGUCAACGCAUCUAAUCUGUGGAUGGGUCAGAUUCAAACAGAGACACCAUAUUACCAACCCAACCCACAGGCCCCUUACCCUUUUACACAGGUUAACACCACCCUGCACGACCCUGAUUUCAUGACCGAUUGCCCAGGUUCGUCCCCCAGCACGGUUGAGCAGCUGCCAGGUGACCCGCCGUGCGCCAUGGCGUGGGCUAUGCGCAUCAUUGGGUCCAAGAACAUCACGGUGUUUGGUGCUGGCCUCUACAGCUUCUUCAACAACUACUGCACCAACUGCAGCACCAACCAUGCGGGCGAAAACUGCCAGGCGAGAAUCUUUUCGAUUCAGGAUGCCAACGGCACAGAAGUGGUCAACUCCACGACGGGUUUGCAGAUGUACAACCUAAACACGAUUGGGAGCGUGAGCAUGCUCACCAUCAAAGGGGAGGACGUCGCGUUUUGGAACGAAACCAUUGCAACAUAUGCCAGUACGAUGGGGAUCUUCAGGAACGAUGGCAAUGGCACAAAUGUGUCGUCGACUUCUUGAGUUGUUUGUUUGCAGUUCUUAUCAUUGACACUGACAGGAGGUGUCUUAGGUAUCAUGUUGAUCAGAGGAGGGAUUUCUUGGUACGAUGAAUGAAGAAUCUCAGUAAUGGGCUUUUGGGAGCACAUAGUGCACCUGGGCUUAGCUAGUUGAUAGAGUAACCAGUUACCUGGUAAUCACUUAUCACGAUGGGCUUCUCUUCACUGAGGUGUGAUUUAGAACAGUCAAGAUCUUGCGGUGUCGCGUUGCUCAGAAAAGCAAUCCUUAUCAGAUAUUGGAUUUCAGAUCAUCUCCCCCGGCCGUGGCCGUGACACCCCUGCC